AUGCCUCGGUCGAAACACUCUCGGUCCGAGGCAGAGCCGGUCGAUGAGGAGGCCAACAUCGUUGACCUCCUCAUCAAGUCCGAUCUCGGUCCCGUCCGCGCCAUCGACCACCGUGCCGUCGUUGUUCUGCGGGGUGGCUUCCACGUGAGGGAGGGAGAGUGCCCAAACGAGCGGGAGGCACCCCGUGCGCCACCAGCAGCGCUGGAUGGCCCGCGGAGAAGGUUUAUCCACGCGUCGUUUAACCGCUCAACCGCGGCCCGCAUGUUGGGCCGGAAGCGAGCGACGGUCGACGUGGCACCCUCUGCCGUCCACGUGCGGGUGAAGGCACGGAGCCAGUGCUGCCGGUACCGUGCCUUCGCCAUGGAGAUAAGCCCCUGGUCGAGCGGCUGGGUGAAGCAUGUCGUGUUGGGCGGCAGAUACACCAUCCGCACGUUCCCGAGCACCACGAGUGAGCAGGACACCCGCGGGUCCCUCAUUGGCGAUCCAGCGGGCCAUCGUGCACUCGAGCGCCGGAUAAGCUCCGCCACGGACGCGAAUGUUGUCGGCGUCGGCAUCAGGGCGGACCCACCGAUCAGCGCCCUUCAGAAUGCGACCAAUCGUGCUGCGGUCGGGGCGAACGCCGAGCCUGGUGAAACACCACCGGGAGAGGUCAACAUGGCGCAAGUGCGGAUUCACGACGUGGUGCUCGCAAGUCGCGCGCUUAAUCGGCAGGCCAAGCUGCGUGCGGUGGUAGAGGCGCGGCAUGGUUUUGAACUGUGGAUGUGGUGUCGAAUGAGUUUAUCGCGGCUUGGUGUGCCUUCUUAUUAG